GCCCAGCCCUCAGAGAUUCGGCAGAAGAAAUUCCCCAGUGGCGUCUAAGCUGCUAAGCUGCAUUGCAUAAACAUCCGAGCAAUGGGCAAUCAGGCCUCCCAACAGCAUGCCAGCCCGGGGGAUGCGGAGAGAGCCAAGCUGGAGGCUCUCUUUCAAUCCAGUGGAGACCUUGUGCAUUUGCAGUCAGCAUUCAAAAUCCUUUCAGAAAAACGCUCAGGAGCGACCAGUGGCAGCGGCAGUGCAAGACCGGUCAUGCAUGCAGAUCUAAAGGCCACCUUUGAUCUCCACAUACCAGAGGAGUGUCCGACAGCACUGCAGCAUGCGCUGGAAUCCCUCAACGCGCAGCUCUGUACUGAAGUCUUUGGGAACGCCCCAGACGGAGUGACCUAUGCCGUGUUCUUGGGAGGAGUAGCGCAGAGCGGAAGAUUGGGCAGCAAGAAAGAGCAGAUUGAUCUUUUCAUACGGACCUUUCUUGGAAGCGAAGCUGGGGAGGGGAAACAGUGGCGGGAAGAGAGGGUUCAGUCAGGUGGUACAGCUAGCACUUCAGCCCCCAGCGAAGUAUCUAGUGCAAUUCACGCAAGUGAAAAGAUCUCCAGGGAGCGCCUGGAGGGCAUCCUUUUGGCAUCAUGGUACCUGACAGCUUGGAACAGGGGACAAGGAGCAGGGCCCAAGGGGAAAGCUCCAGAAAGGGGCGAUGGUCCUUCAGCAAGCAUUCAGUGGCCAGAUGUUCGUGCGUUAGUAAACGGCGCGUGGGAGUCUGCCAGUGCUUCACCAGAAAAGGAGAGCACGCUAACGGCAGAGCAGCUAGUCAGCUGGGCUGUUGCCACAGUGCCGGGCCUGUCAAAUAUCUUGGAGGCUUUCCUUAUGUGCAAGUGCCAAAGCUUUCUCAGUGAAAGAGGAAGCAGUGAUGAACAAAAUAAAGGGGCAGAACAGGAUGUGAAAGCUGGCAAUGAGAGCUCGUCGGAGCCUGGAGGUGACAGCGGGCUGCAGAAAGACUCAGAAGGAGAUGAGGGUGGGGGUUGGAAAUCGGGUAUGCUGACACCCGCAGUGGCAUGGAGCAUGGGGCAAGCGCUCACUUCCGGGACUGCAAAGUGGGGUGUAGGGCCACGGCUGAUUGACCUGGGUUGCGGCGGAGGAGACCUGACGAGGCUGAUAGGACACCCACGCCUUCUGUACAGGUCCUCUGAGAACGGGCGGGGCAUGAACCGGUUCAUGAGCCGUGUGGAAGGUUAUACUGGCACUGUUCUUGUCAUCAUUGCAGCGCGCCCUUUUGCGGGUGGCGAAGGCUGGAGCAUUGCAGCCCUGCUCCCGGACGGCCUGGCCAACCGGAGAGACUUCUUUGGAUCGUCCAGCAGCUGCCUCUUCGCCCUCAAGCCGACCUUCAAGGUCUUUCGAGCGACCGGUCGUGAAUCCAACGUCGUCUUUUGUCACGCGAAGGUAGCAGGCCAGGGGUACCAGACCAGCCCGCUACCGGAAGGCUUGGGACUUGGGGGCUCGCUCGGAAAGGAACGGGUCUGGCUGGACGAUAACGCCACCCCAGGGAAAGUGACCGUCAGGCACCACGCAGUCGACAAGACCUUUCAACCGGGUGCCCUUGUGCCUGACCUGGGCUAUGGUGGCGUGGAAGCGAGAGUGGAGGACGUGGAGGUGUGGGGCCUGGGAGGUUCGCAGGCGGACGACAAGCAGCGUGCGUAUUUGGAGCGGGAGCAGCGGUUCCAGGAACAGAGGCGCAAGAUCGACAUGAAGAAAUUCGCGGAAAGCUGGCAAGACUCCCCGGACAGAUUAAUUCUCGAGUGGGGCGGAGCUCGGACCUAAGAUUUUUCCUUCAAGGUAACUCUAACCUCGGUUUUGCUGAGGAGGUCGUCAAAUAAAGAAGCCCAAUUGCUGGUAAAUACCUAUAUGUAAAUUAAGAGAGCUGCGACUUUCGAGGUUAUCGGAUACUUUGUGGAUUCCAACUCCGUGUAUCGUGAAUCAAGAGCAAGACAACUCGUAGUUGAAACGCGGCAUGCUUAUUGCGUUACUCUGUCUUGUAGGCGCGUGUCCAAAGUAGCACAACUUGUCAAAGAUUGACCAUGAAGUACACGUUGCUAAUUCUUGGUUGGCGGCG